AAUAAAUGGGCAGAUCUUAUGACACGAAUAGGUUUGUCAGCAGAAAAACAAAUAGAAAUACAAGAAAAAAAACUUGAAAAGGAAGGAAUCAAAUUAGUAAGCAUCGAAGGACGAGAAUUAGUUAUAAAAAGAGAAAGAAAAAGACUAACCAGGGAAAUGGAAAAACUCCAAGAAAAAGAAAAAGAAAUAAUUAAAAAAAUAAGAGAAACACAAGAAAAAUUAUUAAAAAGAAAUAAUCAAAAAUUAAAGAAAUUAACCAAAAGAAUCACAAAAAUUAACAAAAAAUUAGAAAGACAAAUAAGAAUAUUAAACUCAAAAAAUUAUAAAACAGAAAUAUUUAUAAUUAAAAAAUUACGAGAAAAGAAAAAUUUAAUUCAAAAAGAAUAUACAGAUUAA